UAUGAACAAUGCCACUAAAAAGUAUGUCACCUUAAGUGUUAUCCUCAUCUAAACAAAUGUAAUAAUACACCAAAGAAAUUUUUAUGAUACAAAUAUCAAAUGUGAAGUUCCAUGAGAGAUAUUUGAUGAAAGCAUGAAGGAAGUGUGAGGCUCUAGUAUUGCAAUGCAGCGUCUGAAACUCACAACGUUGAGACUCUCACCCUUACAUUUCUCUCUCACUUCCUUCAAACCUAUAAGAUGUUUCUCUUCUUCAACCAUUUCUCCCUGGUCUGGUCUCCAUUCAUGGCGAAACAGUCCUCUCAACCAAAAUCGCAAGUGGGGUCCACUUUCUCCUCAACCCGAACCUAAUCUCCAUGAUUCUCCAUUCGGAGAAGCUUCUUCAUUGGCUGAGUUUGGUUCUAUUGUUCUUUCCACCACUGACCCUCUUGAAAAGUCUCGUCUCUCCCAUAUUGCUUUCUCCCUCUGGCUCCGCGGUGAUCUUCCUCUUGGUCAGUCAGACCCUCCUUCUCGACCAGCCCGACCCGAUAAGCCUGAACUGGUUUCUACUAAGGAAAUUCCUGCUCCUAAAAACUCGGGUUUGCCUUUGAAUGCUUAUUUGCUUCAUAAUCUAGCACAUGUGGAGCUCAAUGCAAUUGAUUUGGCUUGGGAUACUGUUGUUCGAUUUUCUCCCUAUAGUGAUGUUCUUGGGGAGGGGUUCUUUGCUGAUUUUGCUCAUGUUGCUGAUGACGAGAGUCGCCACUUCUCUUGGUGUUCACAGAGGCUUGCUGAACUGGGUUUCAAAUAUGGAGAUAUGCCAGCUCACAAUUUGCUAUGGAAGGAAUGUGAGAAGUCAUCAGACAAUGUUGCUGCUCGUUUGGCAGUGAUCCCAUUAGUCCAGGAGGCUAGAGGCCUUGAUGCUGGGCCACGCUUGGUGCAAAAAUUAGUUGGAUUUGGAGAUAACAGGACAUCUAAAAUUGUGGCUAAAAUUGCUGAAGAGGAAGUUGCACAUGUAGCAGUUGGGCUCUACUGGUUUCUUUCUGUCUGUCAAAAAAUGGGGCGUGCCCCCGACUUUACUUUUAAAGAUUUGCUAAAGGAAUACAAUGUAGAACUAAAGGGUCCCUUCAAUUAUGUGGCUCGAGAAGAAGCAGGCAUUCCCCGUGAUUGGUACGAUUCACCAUCAACUAGCAAUCAGGACAAGAAAAACAAAGAUGAUAAUAAAGAAAAGCUCUCUGAAGUUUAUGAGAGGGUUGCUACCAUCAUUGCCAUGGAAAGGGAGAAUUCAAGCUAGACAAUGCCCCCUGAAUGAUCUAGGCACGGCAUUUUCUUUUUUCAACCGAAGAUAUUGGCUGAUAUUGGAGCAUGUCUCCCAAAUCGCCGACAAGCCUAUGACAAAAGUAUAGUGAUGAGUUUAGUGAUGCAAUUAUUUCAUUCACAACAUUGUCAACUUUGACUCCAAGUGCUGAUUCAAAUUCCAAAAUUCAUUUGUCCCACGCAUCCACAUUUGAUGAGAAGCGAGGCCAAAAGGAAGUGACACAAUUAGUAUUUACUUUGCGUACAUACAAAUUAUACCAGCUGUUGCCUGUUUACGCCGUCAGUAUGGACAUUGAUGUAAAUACAUAAUUCUUUGAAUGUCUAAGAGUAUCUCGAAUGAAAAUUUUAAGAAA